UUUUUAGUUAAAACAUCGAACGUCGGUAAAGACAUACUUUUGACAUACCUGUUUGUUACAAUCUGUUACAAUUUGUUAUUGAGAAUAAUCCAAUGCUAACAGAUAAUUACCCAUUAAGAAGUUUUGUCUGGCCUAACAAACAAAAUACACCUAUGAUUUAAUCGCCCAACAAGUAUAAAUAACUUACAUAAUACGUGAUAAACACUGCAUUGUGUUAUAAAGACCGGUCAUUUAACUUAAUAAAACUGACGUGACAAGAAGUGUUUUAGACAGGAAUUUUAUUGCUUUUAAAGUUUUAAUUGUCCAGGGUUUUAAAAAUCAGCACAAAUUGAUUGCGUUAAGUGUUUUUAUUCCAAAGUAUGUUUUAUUGCUAUCACAUUUGAAAAUAAAUCUGGUAUGUACACGUUGGUAAUGUUUGCUAUCUUAUAUGGUGUCCUAACAAUGUCAUAGAUACUAUUACUGAUACAAAAACUUGGACGGCUUAUUUUUGAGUGCGGCUAAUUUAUGAGCCCUUUUUGCCUGUAGUGAAAUGGUGACCGGCUUAUUUUCGAGACCAGCUUAUUUUCAAAACCGGCUUAUUUUCGGGAUUUCAGGGUAUUGCCAUAAAAUUUGGACCACAUAUACAAUUUUGAACACACAUCUCAAAACUGACUUUCAGUGACCUUGAUUUUGACCUACUGACCUACUUUUUCUUUUUAAGGUACAGCAAUGAAAAUCUUACACAGUUUUUCACAACAUUUUUGUGUAUCUUUGUACAUGCAAUGCAUCAUGUGUUUUCAAUACCCCUGUUCCUCUGACAAUAAGCUGCUCUCUGGGGCUUUAUUCACAAUGAGUCCGAGUCUUGUUGAUUUUGAGAUCACUAGGUCAAAGGUCAAGGUCACUGCAACCCAUAACUUGAGAACAAAUGGGCCUAGGAUUACGAAACUUGAUAGGAAGGUUGAUCAUGACCAGCAGAUGGCCUCUAUUGAUUUUGAGAUCCGUCAGUAGGUCAAAGGUUUCUAACAUCUAAAUCGUGACUAUUUACAGCAAUUACAGUGAAAGGCUGGGUCAUCCUGAUUUUGUAUCGAUUCAGCAUUUAAAGGACACAAAGAUUAUGUCAUCUAAAGCCUUAGACCGCUAUAAACAGUCGGGGAAAACAACAGCAGCAUCGACAGAAGUAUCUGACAGCAUCGAAUCAACAGAAGUAGCUGACAGCAUCAAAUCAACAGAAGUAGCUGACAGCAUCGAAUCAACAGAAGUAGCUGACAGCAUCAAAUCAACAGAAGUAGCUGACAGCAUCGAAUCAACAGAAGUAUCUGACAGCAACACAUCAGCAGAGUCUGAUGCAGGGAGAACUCAACUUGAUUUAUCUGCCAAGGAGGCCUUAUCAAAACAAAAUGAUACAGAAACGGAACUUGGAGAAGGAGCAGAAACUAAUGAUCUAGAAAAAGAGAUAAUGCUGUCCAUUAACACAAAGAAAGAAGAUUAUUCUGUGCAAGAAGUCAAGUUGAGGAAAAUGGAUUAUGAAUGUGGUCCAACAAAUGUCUUUGAUCACAGGUAUAUGUUUUUGUGUAAAGUGUGCGGCAAAGUAGAAAAUGUAAGUUUACGUUGGCAACAUAAGAAAUGUGCAGCUUCCCUACAGUCUGAGGAGACUGUUUCAGCAUCAGAGGCAGGAAGUGACAGUGAGAUGCAGAGAAAAGCCUCAGUUCCUCAAAGAAUGGAUCCGCAGAUCUUAGAUGACGGGAAGAAAAUGGGAAUAUUUAUCAAAGCAAAACUGAGGAAAUACUUGCAUGGAAAAUCAAAAAGUGUACCAAAUGCAACUGCUAUCUGUGAAAAUAUGAGUCGUAUUCGUGAAACAUUUUUAAGAAAAGACACUAUGGCAGGAGGCACUGUAGAGUUGCUGAAAAUGUCAAUACCAAACAGCACAUAUUCAAUUGAGCUACCACCAGAACCUCCAUUAGAAGUUAAGACAGUAGUAUUGUAUACCUCACAUUACAGCAAUGUACUGAAAGUGUAUUGGAGACCUCCGGAAAAAGACCAUCUAAUUGAUGGGUACAAGGUUAUGACAUCAGACAACGGGGAAGUUUGGCAUUUAGGGAGAGUUGUAAACAGGAGAAAACAUUGUACUAUUGGUCUGAAAAGUGGUCUGAAGAUUGGCGUUUGCUCAUAUAAGGGGGAACAAGACAGUAGAGUAAUUGAGAGUGAAUAUGUUGAAAAGAAACCUCUUGCUGCUGGCAGUUUGGAACAGUAUGAAGCCAGUUCGUUCAUUGAUUUGAGAAUGAAUUCUUGCAUUGUGAAAGCUUGUACUGAAGAGCACAUUGGUAUUCCAAAAUGUCAUGUUAAGAUGGUCCCUUUGAUGCUGCACAAGGUCUUGUGUACACCACUCAAGCUGACACCACUGUCACUCGGGCUAAGGUGUCUGGCAGAAGCCGAAGAGCGGUCUCAAAGUGCAUCACGCAGAAACACUUCCGCAAAUUCUGCAAAGAGCAUCAAGUAUUGUUUUUGUAUUGAGGAAGACCUUGUCAGUCUGAUCCUUAAUUCAAAAGAUCCUUCAUUUGACACAUUUGGAAUACAAGUGCUUGUAAGAUUCUGUUUGUAUGAUCAAAGUAACAUUCAGGAAGACAAAAUUCCAGAUUGUAUUGUUCGCAUCAACCAUGAAAUUGCAUUAUUACAGGUCAAAGACAAACACUGUGGACCCUUAGAUAUCACACAUUUGUGCAGCUUUACUGAGGGAAAAGGUAGCAAAGACUGUCUGAGUGUAGAGUGGAUGCCAAGCCGCAAAAAGAGUUAUUGUGUUACAAUAUGUGUCGCAGAGAAGUUAACAAUACCAGGCAUUGUGUCAAACUUGAUGAUGUACAACCUGAAUGAUUGCUCCACUACUAAAGACAUGGUGAUGAAUAAGUUUGAGAAUGACAAGGAUGUAAGCUGUACGGGUUUGAAGGCUUCACUUAUAUGCCCUUUGGGAAAGACGCGUUUAGUAUCGCCAUGCCGAGGAUCAGACUGUACACAUAUUCAGUGUAUGGAUGCACUUACACUACUCAAGAUGAAUGAAGGGCGUCCCCUCUCCAAAAAUAAAUGUUACAUGUGUGAUGAACCUGUUGGCAAUAUAUACAUUGAUGGAUUAUUCUUAGAAAUUCUGUCCUCUGUACCUGAUUCUGUUACUGAAAUAGAAUUCAAACAAGAUGGUUCAUGGAUGUAUGAAGAAAAUGGUACUUAUCAUACAGCCAAAACUUCUUCACCUAUCAAGAACAAGGAACAGACAAGUCCACUGUGUGACGUAGACACCCGAAGCAACUCAACUACCUCUCACAAAGAAUCAGAAAGAGAAGAAGAUAUUUUUGGUGCUAUGAAGUCUCAUUUAUCAAGACUCCAAUCACAAGUAGAUAAACUUGAAUAUCUUUCAAAGCAGCACGAAUCAUUUAAAGAGAAAAUAGAUGACAGUGUAGCUACCAGUGAAGGGGGUAACAAUGCUGUGGUAGAUUUGUUGGAUAAGGAAGGUCCAAACUUAGUUGAUUUGACGAGGGGUAGUAAUCAAGGUCUGUCUGACCAAGCUGGAUGUUAUAUCGAGGAUGUAAAGAAAAUUGUGAUAUAUGACAACGUAAAGAAUGAUAAAGAUGGUGACAGUGUUGUCGUAGAUUUGUUGGAUGGCAAGGUUCAAGAUUAUGUUGAUUUGACAUGUGAUGAUGAGCAAAAAAUGCCAAACCCAACAGAUAAUACUAGGAUUCGUAGUAAGAAAAAAAAUGGUAAAAAGAAUAAGACAGAAAAGAAAAUUGACAAUAUGAUUGCAAAAAUGCUAAAAAGUUUGAAAAAAUCUGAGGAGAAAAGUGUUAGAGAAAAGGAAGAUAUGAGCAAUGAUGAUACAGAAAGUGAUGUUCCUUUUGUUGUAAUUGAAAAUGAUUUAGACACAGUUAAUGAAGAUGAUAUUGUUGAAAUUGAUCUCAGUAAUAGGACAUUGAAGAUAGUGGAAGAUAGUGAUGACAUUAUUAGGUCUUAUAAGGAAGAUGGGACUUCAGCUGAUGCUGAAAUAAGCUUGUCUGGAAAUUGUCAUGUAGCUAAUUUAGUUUUACCAAGUGCUGAUAAACCAACAGAAAAUCAAGAUAAUGAUGAGUCAGAUGCUAUUGGAGAAGGGCAAAACCCCCAACUGAAAUCUUAUUCAAGGUCUGACAAUAUCGAGAAAAACUUGAAUGUUGUUACAAAAUGUGAAAAGGAUCUUCUUCAGAAAGACACAGAUAAAGAGACAGCAAGAAAGUUGAAUACUGUGCAGCAUUCCAGGGCUGAAAGUGAAAGCAGUGUUAAACCUAACAGUCAAAAAAGUACUGGAACUGAGUUUCGGUGUGAUAAUGAUGGAAAUACUUCUAAGACUGAAACUGAAAGAAAGAUAGAUAAGAUGUCUACCUUUGAGGAUGAGAUACAUCAUUCCAAAGCCAGAAAAAAUUACAGUAUUCUUAAAUUAGAUGGUACACUGGAUGAACCUGAACAAAGGUUUGGAAAAGACAUGCUAUUGCCAAGUGUUGCACUGAAAGAGGAACAAAUAGAUCCAAAGUUAACAGAUGGAAACAUUGAAAUACACACUGAAAAAGAUGAUACAGGGAUAUAUGGAGAACAAAUAGAUAUUGAAAGUGGCAAUUUGGAAACAGACCAAAGCAUAGGCUGUAUUAAACCAGAAAUUGAUCCAAAUCGUGAACAAGAACACUCCUAUUGUAAGAGAACACCAACAGAAUUGAGAUUAAACUGUGUAAGAACAGGAGAAGGAACAAGUACCUCAAACCCUGGUGUAGGAGUGAGUUUGUCACAAACAGACUGUGAGAUAGGUUGUAUGGAACCAGGCAGAAGAAAGAGAACUAAAAAAUCAGAUGAUGAACCGGUUAUGCCCAAAUCGAGGCAUAUGAAAAAGAUUAAAAGGAAACUCAUAGUGGACAAGAGGAAAGAAUUACCUGAGGAACACUUAAUGCAUCAAAUCUUGUUUGAUAGUGCAAUGGUAAAGAAAGAAAUAGAUUUUGCUCCAUCUACCAAGGAAUUAAUGAAAAUUGCAGAAUCUGGAAUAAAAAGAAAAUUGGAAAGAUCAAGCCCUGGUCCAGAUUUAGAAGAUGUUCUUAGAAGACCUUGUUUACCAUUACGAUCAAGUAGGCUACAGAGAUUCUGUGAGAAAAAGUUUUGUACUAACGGAACAGACACAAGUCUGAGCAGAGGAAACAUUGCAGAAACUUUCGUGAAAAGUGAAGUAGAGGCAGAAGAACCAUGCCUAAGGGAAACAGACACAAGUCUGAGCAGAGAAAACAUUGCAGAAACUUUCGUGAAAAGUGAAGUAGAGGCAGAAGAACCAUGCCUAAAGGAAACAGACACAAGUCUGAGCAGAGAAAACAUUGCAGAAACUUUCGUGAAAAGUGAAGUAGAGGAAGAAGAACCAUGCCUAAGGGAAACAGACAAGAAAAAGUCAUGUUUAAGCAUGAAUGAUAUUGCCAAAACAGAUGGCAAGAGUGAAAAAAUCGUGGAAAAGUCACAUCUUGGGAAAAAAGAUAUUACCAUAACAGAUGGGAAGAUGAAAAAAGAAAAGGGACUUUCAAAGUUAUAUUUCAGCAAAAAAAAUAUCCCAGAUACACUCGUUAAAAAUGAAAUGGACACAGAAAAGUAUUGUCGAAGUAUCAGAGUACUUGAAGAAACACUUAAUGAAAUAAUCCCGAAGGAUGCAGACCAUUCACAUAGAAAUAGAGAAGACAGUGCAAAAAGAGAAACAUAUACCAACCCCGGGAAGCAAUGUAAGGAUACUGAUGAUCCCUCCAAAGCAGAUGAUGCUGUGGACAAUAGGACCGGGUCUGUGACAGAAGCUUCUAAAAAGUAUGGGGAACCUUCUAGUACUAUAGAACAAAAGCCGACUGAGAACACAUGUAGCAGCACGCGUAGUAAGAAACAAGAAGGAGGGUUAGCUUUGCAAGGGAAUUGGGAGGAUGACUUAGCAAAGGUUAUUAAACAUUUGACAGAACAUGGUUUCAUGUCCAGUGAUAUGGUUGACAGUAUUGCAAAGGAGAUACUUAGCAGAUGUGGGCAUACAGAUGAAGUUAAUGCUACAUUUAACCUGAUAGCACGGUUGAAGCAGAACUUCAAUAAAAAUCACCCAGAAAUUGCUAAACUCAUUCAUGAUAAUACUGUUAUCAGUGAAAAAGGGGGUGGCUUUGAAGAGUAUACGUCGAGAUGGUUUGCUUCUUUGAAGAGAAUACUGUCAGAGUACGGCAUUAAGAACAUGCCGGACAGGAUAUACAGCUGUGAUAGAUUCAGAAUGAAACCAGGUGGCUUUGUAAAUACUUGGUAUAAGAGAACUACACAGGACAUUGCAGCGUCUUACAAUGCCUAUGCUCAAGUUUGUAUCUGUUCAGAUGGAAGGGUCCUCCCACCUGUGGUAACUUUCAAGGGGAAAUUACUUGGCAAGAGUGAUCAUCGUGAGACUUUCUUGGAGUGGUUCAAGACCUGUUUUCUUCCAAACUGUGGACAAGCGCGCCCAGUCUGUCUUUUAAUGACUUACCGUACCAAUCAGCUCACUCUUGAAUUAAUUGAGACGGCAAUAGAAAACAAUGUUGUACUGAUAGGGCUACCUCUUCUUGCUGUUAGCGUGUUACAGCCUUUGGAAGCAAGGAUUUUUGAGUCAUUGAAGGCUCUUAUACAAUCCAAGUGUUGUCCUUCGGACACAGAGUUCGCAAUACGGGAUACAAGAUUUUCUGUUGUUCUCAGUGAUGUGAUUAAACAGAUUACACCAUCUACCGUGAAAGAAGCAUUCCGGGCUACUGGUAUUUGUCCACUUGGCAAAGCAGCAAAAAGGGUAGAUAAGAUGCUACUCUGCCAUCAACAAUGCAGUGAUAAUGAGAAGAAGGUUUCCAGUCCUGAAGAUAAUUUAAAAGCAAGAAGUUCAGGUUCGAAAGAAAAAGGAAUAAACCAGUUGUGUUCAAACGUUAAAGCUGCUUUAGAAACAGUAAUUAAAAUCGAAGGAGACCCAGUAGUCAGUAAACUUGAUGGUCAUAGUAGAAGAACUAGACUAAAUUACCGAGUUGAAUUGCAGCAGUUGUCAGAGGGUCCCAUUUCUUGUUUAAUUUCUAAACGUAAAAUGGACUUAGAGCAGUUUACUAAAAGCAGUGGUAGAAUUACACAAGCAGAUAGUAAGAGUGACAAAAAUGAAGAAGGUUAUCGAAGAAGUUCUAAGACUAUGUUAUCAGGUGCCAAGAGAAAAAAACAAAUAACUACUCGGAGCAAAGUAGUUCCAGAGCAUCCAGAGCAGUUAUUUCACAAAAGUCCUAAUAUCACAGGAGCUAGUUCUAAGACUGAGUUAGAUACAGAGCAGUCAUGUUCAGGGGCUAAUAAAGUUACACAAAUAGUUACAAAAAGUGAAUUAGAUACACAACAGGCAGACUUGAGUCGGAAAGUGUUCGAAGAAAGAGAUGAUGCCAACUCAAAAAUGGACUGUCAUAAUAGAGAAAACCUGAUAGAGGACAACCAAAAGCAGUCAAUUUUAGUGCAGGGAAAUUUGCAGCCUCAAAGAACAUCCAGCAGAGCUGGCCGACAACUGAGAAAAAAUUUACGUACUUGCAGUUUGGAUAAACUAGCAUGUAAACAGGAGAACUUAAACAUACACUCAGGGAAGGUCGUGCAGAAAUCUUUGAAGAUAAAGUUUGCAGAUGUUAAUCAAAAUCCUAUUGUUAGUUUGAAACGGAAAAGGGAAUGGGAUAUAAAUGGUCAUAAUAUUUAUGUUUAAAAACUUAGAAUAUGCUAACAGUGUUUCCAUGGGUUCAAAUUUAUGUUUUAUUAAGAAAUUGACCAAGUUAAUUGUUUGUUCUUUAUUUUCAUUGGAAAAGGGUACUUUUUUUACAGAAGGAUCAAAUUUGAGCCACACCAUGAGAAAACCAACAGGGUGCAUUUGCGACCAGCAUGUAACCAGACCAAUCUGCGCAGUCUGGUCAGGAUCCAUGCUAUUCGCUGACAGUUUCUCUAAUUGCAGAAAGCUUUGAAAGCAAACAGCGUAGUUCCUGACCAGACUGCGCAGAUGUGCAGGCUAGUUUGGAUCCAUGUGGUUUUCUUGCAGCUCAAAUUUAUUUUUUGCCUUAUUUAAUUAACAUGGUGUAUGUAAUAACCAGAAAAAUAUCAAAGCAUAUUAAAGAUUAACAAAUCUUUAAUGCUGUUACUUGUGUGAAUGGCAGGAAAGCUUACAUUCCUCACACAUCUAGGCAAUACCUUAGACUUAUUAAGGAAGUGUCAGGGUAUUAUUGCAACACUGUAAAAUUUCAUGUGCUUGAUAAAAUGAUUGGGAUUUUCUAAUCAAGGGCAGAUUGUUUUGAUAUGUUGUAAAAGUAUGGGUUUUGGAAUAAUUGAACUGUAUCUAACAUUGUACUUGCAUUUGAUUGAUUCAAGUUAGUUGUUUUUAGUCCCUCUACCAAUUAUGAUUCAAGUAAAGUUGUUUUUAGCUCCCCCCUACCCCACCAAUUACGAUUCAAGUUAAGUUGUUUUUAGCCCCCUACCAAUAAUGAUUCAAGUUAGUUGUUUUUAGCCCCCCCCCCCCCCCCCGCUACCAAUUAUGAUUCAAGUUUUGUUUUUAUCUCUCCUGCCAAUUAUGAUUCAAGUUAGUUGUUGUUAGCCCCACUACCAGUUAUGAUUCAAAAUAGUUGUUGUUAGUCAUCCUACCGAUUAUGACCAGGGUUGGGGAGGGGAAUGGGAAUUGGUCAUUUUGUCCCAAACUUUUUGGCCCCUCCUUUUUAGCUCUACUGUCACAUAGUGACAAGGUGAGCUUUUGUGAUCACCCUUUGUCCGUCAUCCGUCGUCUGUGCGUCCGUCAACAAUUUCUUGUCUGCAUGAUAGAGGUUUCAUUUAUGAUUUUAUUUUAACCAAACUUGCACACAACUUGUAUCACCAUAAGAUCUUGGUUCCUUUCUUGAACUGGCCAGAUCCCAUCAUGGGUUCCAGAGUUACGGCCCCUGAAAGGGCCAGAAUUAGCUAUUUUGACGUUGUCUGCACAAUAGCAGCUUUAUUUAUGAUUUGAUUUUUACCAAACUUGUACACAACUUGUAUCACUAUAAGAUCUUGGUUCCUUUCUUGAACUGGCCAGAUUCCAUUACGGGUUCCAGAGUUAUGGCCCCUGAAAGGGCCAGAAUUAGCUAUUUUGACCUUGUCUGCACAAUAGCAGCUUCACGUAUGAUUAGAUUUUAACCAAACUUGCACACAACUUGUAUCACCAUAAGAUCUCGGUUCCUGUCUUGAAUUGGCCAGAUCCCAUCAUGGGUUCCAGAGUUAUGGCCCCUGAAAGGGCCAGAAUUAGCUAUUUUGACCUUGUCUGCACAAUAGCAGCUUUAUUUAUGAUUUGAUUUUUACCAGACUUUCACACAACUUGUAUCACUAUAAGAUCUUGGUUCCUUUCUUGAACUGGCCAGAUUCCGUUACGGUUUCCAGAGUUAUGGCCCCUGAAAGGGCCAGAAUUAGCUAUUUUGACCUUGUCUGCAUAAUAGCAGCUUCAUUUAUGAUUUGAUUUUAACCAAACUUGCACACAACUUGUAUCACCAUAAGAUCUUGGUUCCUUUCUUCAACUGGCCAGAUUCCAUUUUGGGUUCCAGAGUUAUGGCCCCUAAAAGGUCCAAAAUUUGCUAUUUUGGCUUUUGCAGCCAUACAGAGACUUCAUUUAUGGUUUGAUUUGAUACAAACUUCAAAAAUAUCUUCAAAAACAAUAAAUCUUGGAUUCCAUGACGAAUCUGUCAGAUCCUAUCGUAGGUUCCAGAGUUAUUUUAUAUCUGAUUAUCUCCCCUGAUUGUAAUCAAAAUGGAUUUAUAUCAGUAAGUGCUUAUAGUACUUAUUUGAAAUUUCAUUUUUACCAUUAGUUGGACUGAGACAAUCAGGGUUGAUAACUAUGGACUGAUUUUAUGUCAAAUUACCUCCCUUUAUUUCAAAUUAAAAUGGGUAUAUCUCCAUAACUAAUGAAGAUACUGAUCUGAAAUUUCAUUUAUGUCAACAGAUGGACUUGGACAAUCAGUGAAGAUACAUAUUGACUGAAUUUAUGACAAAUUACCUCCCUUUAUUUUUUUAUCUAAAUGAAUACACCUUAGCAGCUUCUAAUGAGAUUGGAUUGAAACAUUGUUUAUGUCUUCCAUGGUAAGAAAUAGACAUAUUAGAUAACUCUUGAUUGAACAUUUAUCGAUAUGAAUACUUUACUAAUAUAUUGUUGUAUAGGCUUGUACUCUGUAUCUUCGACAUGCAUAUACCAAUGCAUGAGUACCUCCCCUGAUUUUAAUAAAAAUGGAUUUAUCUCGGUAAAUAUUUAUAGAACUCAUUUGAAAUUUCAUUAUUGUCUUUAGUUGGACUGAGGCAAUCAGGGUAGAUAGUAUGGACUGAUUUUAUGUUAAAUUACCUCCCUUUGUUUCAAAUUAAAAUGGGUGUAUCUCAGUAACCAAUGAAGAUACUGAUUUGAAAUGUCAUUUGUGCCAUCAGAUGGACUCGGACAAUCAGGGUAGAUAACUUUUGAUUGAAUGUAUGACAGAUUACCUCCCUUUAUUCUAUGUAAACGAGUAUAUAUCAGCAGCAUCUAAAAAUUGGUUUUAAAUGUUAUUUAAGUCUUCCAGGGUAAGGAAUAGUCAUGUUACAAAAAUGCAGCAUCUGAGCCUAGGACCCUCAAACUUGGUAUGGAAAUUGGCCCUGACUAGGUCAAAAGGGACUGUUGCAAGAAAAUGUUUAUCCUGAUGAUAUUUAAUGUGUAUGCCUAUGUGCUCUUUGUCAAAACUUGAUCAUAUCAUUUUGAGCAAUGGUACUCAGGUGAGCGAUACAGGGCCAUGAUCUCUUGUUAGUCUUAAUAUUAGAAUAAUAUAAUCAUUGUGUAAAUUAGUGUUCAGUUAAAUAUGUUCUAAAAACAUAAAAAUUUUACUUUUAAAACUACAUUUUGUUAUCCUUUAUAGUUUAAAUAAAUACCCGAUUGUAUGUAAAAGUGCAGAGUGCAUGCACAUUUCGUAGCUUAAGUGCAUUGACUAAUGUGGCUGUGUAUCUUUUUUAAAGAUAAUUCUUGUUCAUGUCUCUGUUUAAUUCCUGUUUGUCUGUUUAACUACAAGAUAUGGAUCAUGUAAUAAGAUACUUUAGUGAUACUGGGUAUAAUGAUAAUGCUUUUCAAAAUUCAUGGGGAGCACAAGUUUGUUGUAUGGUUGUCUGACUGCUUGUCAUCCAUACAAAUAAAUCUGCUCAGU